ACCCAACCCAACUCGGUCCACCAUGAGCUCCUCGCUGGCCGGUAAACUCAGAGCUUUUGUGUUUAAUCCACAUAAUAGCCCAAAAGUAUAUCAGGACCUGAAGGCUGCUGAUGUGCCAGUAACGACUGCCGAAUGCAGGUCUUGCGCCGACCCUUGUGAUCAGGAUCACGAUGACUUUUCUAGCAGAUUGGACAUCGACCUGGACUCGGACAUGAUAGGAUCAGUCAAGCCCUACCGCCGACAGGUGGUCAUAUCAACAGGCCAAACAGACUGGGAGAAGGAAGUAACCGAAGUCGAAGGCACGCUUGCUGCCUUGUUGAUGACUGCCAACUCUUCAUUGGGCACUUCAAAGAAGCCCAAGUCCACCAACGAUCCCCUACCGUCUGGUCUUUUCUCUCAUACCAACGCGGGAAGGCUCGCCAUUCUCAAUGGAAGUCACAGACCUUUCUCUCGUGAUGAGUCGGAAGAGACUGUGAUCGUCCUUCCAGACUUUAUGGUCGUUUCUGGAGUCCCACGAACUUUGACGGGCGCUGAGGCGUUGUGGAAAGCUGCUCUUGAUCCAGCUCUUGAUCGGGUUGGCGUGACCACCACCCGAUCGGACAAUCUCAGUACAUGGGUUCUACAAUACUCGUGUCUGAUACUGCUGUGCUCGCACAAGAGACGAGACAAACGAUGUGCCAUCGCAGCGCCAAUGUUAGAGAAGACCUUCCAGCAAUAUCUCGAGCGAGAGGGCUGGGAAGUCCACACCGACCUGCACGAUCUCACUUCCGAACCCUCCCUCGAGUCACAAGCUACCUCAACCACCGAGAAGGAACAAUUAAUCGAGACUCAACUCAAAUCCCUUCACGCUGAGCACAAGGCGUUGAUACUGAAGAACUCACAUGUCGGCGGACAUAAAUUCGCAGGCAACUGCAUCAUCUACACUCCUCGUGGAGCUGGUGUAUGGUAUGGGCGUGUCACGCCCCAUGAAGUAGAAUCGAUUGUAAAGCACACAAUUAUUGAUGGCCAAGUCCUCCCAACUAUUUUUCGUGGUGGGGUUGACCUCGCCUGCCGCGGAAAAAAGACCCUGUAUGAUUGGUGACGGAACCAUCCCUUAAAUAUCAAUGAUAGAUGCUGUAACCUGCUAGCAGGGGAAUUUACGCGUGUCCCACCCAAACGA